CCCAUGGGGGACUCUGAGGGGUUUUGCAGUGGGCGUCACGCGAGGGAGCCGCUAGCCGUUGUGGCGUCAGCACAAUGUUCCACACGUAUUUGAAGAGAUGGCUCUCCGUGGCCCUCCGUCGACUGUUGUGAGCGUCGCGUUCCGCCUUGCUCGUUCGUCUUCACGCACCGCGGCACGGCCGCCAUCUUCGCCAACUUGCUCGUCGGCAGUGUCCAUUGCUGGGGGCGUCCGGUCGAGUGUUGGGCGAGUUCACUCCACGAGGAUGAUUGCGAUGUCUGAGGUGGUCCAUGUGCGUGGAGUGGGUGAUGGGGAUGACGUCGGGGCCGGGUUGUCCGCUGUGGAGAGGGCUGCCGUGAUGUCUGCCGUAGCCGCCGUCAUCAUGCAUUGCGACAUGGAGGUCGAAGGUCAACGGCGGUGGGCACGACUACGUGCUCGGAGAAGGAAGUUGAUGCCGGCGACGACGACUGAAGCGUUGGAUAGCGCUGCCAUCUGUGAUGCCAUGUUGGAGGUGUGUUGUGCACUGGGGUGUGGGGGACUACCGAGGGUGACGCAGAGGUGGUGGGUAAAAAGGAGGACGGGGGGGACUUGGGAGGAUCUUCGGCCUGCGGACGACGCCACUGACGAUUACUUCCGCGACAAGUUACGGAUGUCUCCACGUGUCUUCCGCGAGAUCGUUGAGAACUUGUCGCCGAUUCUCCAGCGACGUGUGACGUUCUAUAGGGAACCGUUGCAACCAGACCAGAUCGUCGCCUACGCGUUGUACAGGUGGGCGUCGGACGAGACAUACGAGAGCAGCAGCUGCAGCUUUGGGAUUGGCAGGGCUGCAGGUUUGGUGGCCGUAGGGGACGUUACUGCUGCGCUGCUUUCGGUGUACAGGGAGAAGGUGGCGUGGCCGACUGGGGUGCGGAAGGCGAUCGUUCUGCGUGCUUUUGCAGACAAGGGUUUCCCGAACUGCCAUGGGUGCAUCGACUGCACCCAUAUCUACGUGGACAAGCCGACGAAUGCACCUGCAGAAGACUACUACGACCGCAAGAGACGCUUCUCUGUCGUUGCUCAAGUGGUGGUCGACUUGGACUUGCGCAUCCUGGAUGUGUUUGUGGGAUAUCCGGGGAGCUGCCACGACGUCCGGAUCGUCCAUCUCUCCACUCUAUGGUCGCGGGCGGCAGCGGGAGAGUUGUUUACAGGGCCUCCUGUGUUGCUACCGUUCCAAGUGCAGACGAAUGGUUAUCUGCUGGCCAACAAUGGUUACCUGCCGAGCGAAUGGAUGGUUGUCUCGUUUGGCGGCGUGGCGCAGCAUCCCCUGGAGAGUCGUUUCGACAGCAAGCAGAAGACCGCGAGGGGGGCAGUGGAGAGGGCAUUCGGGAGACUGAAAGGAAUGUGGCGCUUGUGCCUAGGCUCGCACAAGACCAACAUGAAGACCUUGCCCCAGCAGUUCGUGGUCAUCUGCAUCUUGCACAACAUCCUGAUCGACGCCGACAUCCCUUUCGACGAGAACUUGUUGUGGGAGGUUGACGCCAAUGGAGUUCGCCGUCGGGUGGAUCUCGGGAUCCAUCGCCCCCCCAGGCCGUUGAGCAUGGAAACUUCUACGGGGGAGGCGAUCAUGCUGCGGCAGGCGCUGGCGGAGCGAAUGAUGCGGCGAUGACGGCAGAGGAAGCCGCGUGGCGGCGGGAGCUGCGGGCCGCGUUGAUGGAGGAACGUUUGACGGCGGCGGUGGGAGGAAGCAGUGUGCGGAGAGACGACGGGCGCAGUACAUGUGCCAUGGCGUCCAAUGUUCGGUCAGGAGUGAGGGGCACAGAGCGGAGAGGGACAGUCAUGCCUCGUAGUCCCCGCGCCAUAUGCCGUCAGUUUUUUAGUUUGUCGGAAGUUUUUCCUUUUCGUGUUUCGAUCUGUGGCUUCGGGCUGGUGCGUUGAUAGUGGGGCGUUCCCUGUUAGUGUGGACGAGUCGUUGGGCGGCGGAAGCAGCGGAGGUGGCCGGUUAGUGUGAUUAGUUGACGACAUUGAGAUGGAGUUUUGUCUGUCGCGAGCGGCAGUCGUGUGCAUCUCUUGGGGCUCGUUUGGGACAUUCUACGGAGAGCAAUCAUGUCGGCAGUGUGUUUUUAUAAUUCGCAAGAGUUUGGUGAUUGUUGGGUUGUGAUCGGAAAGUGUUAUUGGUUGUUGGCGACUGUUUUCCUUCCUCUCCUACGCACUCCCUGCUGCAUGGAUGGCAUGCUGACGUGUGAAAAAAGAAGUCUGUGAGCGCAAUCAAAUGCUGUUUACAUGUGUUCAUAUAGACAAAUGAAAGUCAUUAAGACGC